AUGUUAUCCCUUAUCUCCCGGGGACUCCUUUUGCUAGCAGGCCUGUGCUGCCUUUUCUCUGGCUCCCAGCCUCAAGAUCCCCUGGAAAUAGACGUGGAUGAACAUGACCAUGAACACCAGGAGCAUUUGCCCUGCCAACACAUCUCCUACAGCAUCAUCCAGUUGACCUUCAUUUUGUAUCGGAAGUCUGGUAGUUGGACAGAAGAUGCCAACAUCUUAUUCUCCCCAGUAAAUAUCAUUGCUGCUUCUUUAAUGCUUUCCCUGGGAGCCAAGGACAACACCCACAACCAGAUCCUGCAGGGACUGAAGUUCAACAUCACAGAAAUACCAGAGACCUACAUUCAUUCCUGCCUCCAACAGCUUCUCCAUAUCCUCCACCUGCCAGAUCACAGGCCACAUCUGACCAUCGACAGUGGCCUAUUCACUGACAAGGGUCUGAAGCUGGUAGACAAGUUUGUGAAUAACAUCAAAGAGAUAUACCACACAAAAACCAUUGCUGUCAACUUCAAGGACACAGAAAAAGCCCAAAAUCAGAUCAAUAAGUAUGUGGAAACUGAAACCCAAGGGAAGAUAGUGGAUUUGGCCAAGGAUCUGGAGGAAGACACAGCUUUAGCCUUGAUGAACUACAUCGUCUUCCAAGGCAAUGGGUUUGAUGAAGUUGAUGUUGAACACAAAUUGGAAGCCGACUUCCACGUGAGCCAGAACGAGACCGUGAAAGUGCCUAUGAUCAAUCGCCGGGGCAGGUUUUUCUUGCACCGCGAGGAAGAGCUGUCCAGCUGGGUGUUGGUAAAUCAUUAUAUGGGCGAUGCCACUGCCUUCUUCAUACUGCCCGACCAAGGAAAGAUGCAGAAGCUAGAGGAAAACUUGAGUCAAAAACAUUUCAUAAAUAUAUUAAAGCUCGUCGACAUACGGACUGUCAAUUUAUACUUUCCUGAACUGUAUAUGUCCACAACCUAUGACCUGAAGACCAUCCUGAGCACACUGGGCAUCACCCAGAUCUUCAGCAAUGAGGCCGACCUCUCAGGGAUCACACAAGAUGUUCCCCUGAAGCUUAACAAGGCUUUUCACAGGACUGUACUGACCUUCAAUGACGAAGUGAAACACACUACAAGAAACAGCAGUUUGAGUAAAAGGGGCUUGUCUAAGGUCCCCGUCAUCCGUUUCAACAGGCCCUUCAUAAUUAUCGUUAAAGACGAAUACACCAAUGUCCCCCUCUUUAUUCCGCUGGCCAAUGGACUUCAUGCAUCCCUUUGCACAUACCACAUCCGAAUCUCUGAAGACCUAGACACACGCUCAGACUCAGUCAGCCCUAUGACCUCAGUGACACCUUCUGAGAAUUGGGUCUUCACCUUCAGCAAUGAAAAUGACCUGGAGCUGGUAGAAGGUUAUAUUAGAAUGUCAAGUGUUUCUACCACAGCAGAGCGCAUGGCCCAUCAUUGUCCUAAGAAAUCCUUGAAGUAG